AUGCCUUUCGCCACAGAUAUUCUGAAAGAUCCUUCGGUCUCAGCCUCUGCUAGACAGCAAGCUCUCAAUCGCAUCUUUUCCGAUCCAGGCCUCCCCCAGACUUCGACGACCUCGUCCUUCUGGACCAUGGAUCAACACAACUUCAGCCAGGGAGCAACAAAGGGUCUGCCUAAGGAAGCCGAUAUCGUUAUCAUCGGAUCUGGUGUCACUGGAGCAUCUAUUGCGCGGACCUUGCUCCAAGACCGCACUUCAAAUUCCUCUUCUGCCUCCUACGCGCCUAUUGUCAUGCUAGAGGCCCGUACUGUCUGCAGUGGCGCAACCGGUCGCAACGGAGGUCACAUUCUAGAGACAGCCGACGAAUACGGCGAGUUCGCCGAUGCCUUUGGUGUGGAAGCCGCACGUAAACUUGUCCGCUUCCGACUGGCGCAUCUGCAAGAGAUGCUCGCUGUUGCGGAGGAACUUGGAAUCACCGCCGAGUCGCAAGCGCGAAAGGUGCAAUUCCUGAGCGUUUACUUUGGCGAGGAGUCUUGGCAGGCAGCAUUGGAGCGAAUGCACCGUUUUAAGGAGGGCAUGCCGGAGGAAGCUGCUGAGUGGAAAUCUUAUGAAGGAGAUGCUAUCCCGAGGGAAUUGUGUUUGACUCGUGCCCGAGGCGUCGUCGCUGGCCCUGCGGGAGCUCUUUGGCCCUACAAAUUCGUCAUCGGCGUUCUCAAACGUCUCCUCGAGGACUUUCCGAAUGAUUUCCGUGUCGAGGAAAACACCCCGGUGACCGCUAUUCACGAUGACAGUUCCUCCAACGGCCCAAGAUAUAAGGUCGAGACAAGCAGAGGGACUAUCACCGCCCGACACGUUAUCCACUGCACCAAUGCCCAUGUCAGCCACCUAGUACCCGGAUUCCGGGGCCGAAUCUUCCCUGUUCGGGGCCAGAUGUCCGCCCAAACCCCCGGCAACAACUUCCCCAACCAGGCUGCGGAUCAUUCGUGGCUCUUCAACUACGAUCGCGGAUUUGACUACAUGACCCAGCUGCCGGAGGGGCAGAUGAUGCUCGGCGGGGGUUUCGCACAAGGCGAGGCUGGCGGCUUAGCAGACCUAGGAGUUUCGACAGACUCUGAUCUUAGUCUUUACAUUGAUAUCCACUUGUCUGGGGCUCUGCGUGCCAUUUUCGGAGGCAAAGAUUGGGGCUGUGUGCAAGGCGACGCAGUGCAGGCGAUGUGGACUGGUUGUAUGGCAUUCAGCUCCGAUGGGCUCCCUUGGGUAGGACGGUUGCCUAAGGCUGCAACCGGUCGCCCUGAGCAUGGGUCUGAAGGGGCCGAGUGGGUUUGUGCUGCGUUUGGUGGAGAGGGAAUGGUCCAGGCUUGGCUUAGUGGUAAAGCAGUGGCGACUAUGCUACUUGCACAAGAUGCUCCGCUGAGUGAGACCAUCAAUGCAGAUAUUUCGUGGCUACCUGAACAGCUGCUUGUAUCGGAGGAGAGGUUUGCUCAUGCAGUCUUGCCGAGAGAGGCUGUUGAUGACGUGCACAAGGCAAAUCUUUAG